ACUUAUGGCACCGAAUUAUAAAUGUAAAAUUUGAAAUUAAAAAUAAUCAAUUUUGUUACAUUUUGCGUUUCUUUUCAAUCUCAUCAUCAUCUGCAUCCUCCUCUCUCUACUUGCUCUAACAACUUCGAGGGCAAGCUUCUCCAUGGAUGCAUCUCUCUGCGAUAUUUUCAACAUUUACCGAAGAUUUUGUGAUAUAAAAUCAGGACAUGCAUUUGUUGUUGGUGAAGAAGGGUAUAGACAAGACAGUGAUUUUCAGAAGGCUAAGUUCUCAAGGGAGGCAUUGACACAGUUGUCGAAAUUGGUGGAGUCUAGAGUUUGUACAGGGGCAACAAUUUUUGAUGAACUGUCAAUACUCAUGUCACGGCUUGGUUUGAUGGCAACCUUUUCAGAGUUUUCUCGGUUCUAUGAAUUUGUUUUCUUCAUGUGUCGUGAAAAUGGUCAAAAGAACAUCACUGUAAGCAAGGCACUAACUGCUUGGAAAUUAGUUCUUAAUGGUCGGUUUCCACUGCUUCAGCCAUGGUGUGACUUUGUUGAGAAAAAUCAACGAUACAACAUAUCUGAGGAUACGUGGCAACAGGUUCUAUCUUUCAGCAUAUGUACUCGUGAUAGUCUAGAUGCCUAUGAUCCUGAAGGUGCUUGGCCUGUUUUGAUAGAUGAUUUUGUCGAGCAUAUGUACAGGCAACCAGGAUCGUACUAUGAAAAUUCCAACAUCCACUGUAACUGUGGUGAUCCUGAAUCUCUGUCAAUUCCUGGACUGAAAAGUUUUGCUGGUCUAAAGAGGAAGUUAGCCGAGGAAGCAAGAAAAGACGAUAUGGAGUACUCUUAUUCAUCUGAAGAGAUGAAUACCGCAAACUGUAAAAAGAGUAGAGCUUAUGGUGUAGUAGAUUGUGAGGACAAUCCACAAGGAAAUGCAGCAGAGGAAUGUAUGGAAACUAGUAGACAAAGUAGCCCUUUGUGUUCAUCCAAGUCCCAAUGUUCAGUUGAAGGUUCUUUAUCAAAGGGAUUUGCAGGACUACUCUCAACUAGUUCCUAUCUGCGGUUUGGUAGAGAGAGGAGAGGCUUCAUUUAGAUGAAGCCCCUUUUAUAGUUUAAGUAUAUACAAAUUCCUUUUGCUAGUCGAAUGUAUUUUUAUUUUAUAUGAGCAAUAAUUAUGCAACUGCACUUUUUCAUUAUUUCUAUGGUAGUUGACUAUUUACUUAAUUUUUUUCUUAUGUAAUUAGAGUAUAUACAAAUUGGUUUUGCUAGCUGGUGUAUUUUAUGUUGUAUAAGAAAUAAUUAUGUAAUUGCACUUUCUCAUUAUUUAUGGUAGUUGACUAUUUAUU